AUGAUGGGAAUCAAGAAUUACAGGUCCGAAGAGGAGCACUUGCUCUCUCUAUUGGACAAAGAACAGGGCCCGUUUGCGCGAGUCUCCCCGCAGGAGGAUCCCGUCAUUUUCUAUAGUCCGACGUACGAACGCAAGCUUUUAAUGGAGUACGGUUGCGAUUUUGGCGGUGAGUCGUCGUCGCCCGAUCAUCAGAAUGCCCGUGACGACGAGGAGGAGCAGGCGCUUUUCAUAAAGCGGGAACAGAAACUCGAUCCGUCGUGGUUCAUGUCGCCAUCAGAGUCCGAAGACGUUCCGUCCAUCCACUCGACGACUCCGGAAUUGCCGAUUAUCAGACAGAAGAAGCACGUCACCGCGUCGUCCCGAUUCAACCCGUAUUCGAGCGGUCCUCUCGUCAAAGUAAGUUAUCUUUAUCGAUCCUUUCCUAUUUGAUUGUUUACUCAUGGAUUUUGAUUGCGAAAUUUCUUGUUUACCGUGUUAUUUUCUUGCUAUUUUGCUCAGUUUUUCAACAAAUUUCGCGAAAAAUCCGAGUAAACUGCCAACGGUAAGCCAUCCCAACCCAUCGCAAUUCACUGACAAUUUGCCUAUUUGCCAACGUUUCAGGAGCCGUGUUCUAUGAGAAACUUCCGCGGAAACCACCACUAUAGAGACGAAGUAAACAUGAAUAUGAAUACAUACCAAGUUUUAACCCCUCCCACUAGGCUCCCACAUCUGAUCAAUUUCCGAACAAUCCAUAGUAAUUCGUGCAUUUUUCAGUCUCCGAAACGAGGACGUCCGUCGAAGGCGACGAGCAACACGAAGAUGGCCAACUACGCGCGCAACUACCGUGAACAAAAGAAAAAUGAGAUGGCGACGAUGCAGAUGAGGAAUCAGGAGCUCGAGGCGGAAGUCAAACUGCUGCUCGAGGAGAACUCUCAGAUGAAGAAGACAUUGGUGCGCGCGACGGAGGAGAUCCAGCAGCUGAAGAAGGUGAUCGACCAGGACUCGCAGAUCGCGCGCGUCGUCGCCAACAUGGGCGGCGCGCAGAGCAACGAGUUGACGCUCGGAGCCCGCCCGGGCGUCUGCGUGCACGUCGGAUCGCUCGGCACGACCGUCGAGGUGUGCAAGGCGUGCGCCGACAACAACAAGGAGCGGCUCGACUCGAAGUUCAAGGUCGACGAGGAGCUCGAGCUCUUCGACGGUGACUUCACUGCUUUCGAUCGGUUUUUGAACUGCUGAACGCUGCACUGUUUAGUAUAGUUAUUAUUCUAGCAUUCGAGUACCCGUCUCCCCCAUUUUCUGUGAAAUUUGGGCAUUUUUUUGGCCAAAUUGGCAUUUUAAACGCAAAAUACCGGUGAAUAUAUUUCACAAAAACCUCCCAUUUCUAAAACUGCCCCUUUGCUUUGUAAUUUUUCUGAAGAUUCUGACAUUUAUCCCCAAAAAAAUGCCAAAAUUCUCGAAAAAUCCCCAAAAAAUAAGCCUCCCAUUGAAACGUGUCAUUAGCCGAGAUAUGAAAAAUAAUUCCCUCUUUUCUAAUUAUUCUCGCGUUUUCCCAUCGAUUCUCUAAUCCAUACACAUCUAGGACAAGCUCGCUUUGCUGUAAAUUCCGGAUUCUCCACCCAUUUUCCAUGUUAACCCAUCAAAUUUUACCUUUCGUUGUUCUUGAUUCUUGAAGUUGUUGAAAUUUUUCCAUUCUCUUUCUCCUCUUUCUUCCCUCAAAAAAUGUGUUAAAAUAAAGAAAAAAAAAUCAAAAAGUUAUAUAACUUGCCCAUUUUUCUUGAUUUUUUGUAUCUCAACGUUUUGUAACGUUAUCCAUUCUUCGAAGGGGUCUCCCUCGCACUUUUAAACCAUUCUUUGCAGAAAUCACUCCACAAUACUCCUGGGAAAGGUACGACGAAGCCGCGAGAAUGUCGACGACGCAAUUCGUGCAGAUUGUGGUGGAGUACUCGGAGGAGACGGCGUGCUCGCCGAGCCCCUCAACUUCCAACUCCUCCUCCGGCUCUUCUACGCCAAAAAGCUCCGCUUCGGCUCCCAAACCCUCGAAAACGUCGAGAAAAUCCUCAAUGUGGCGCCAGUCGUCGCGAAAAUCUCUGACCGGUACGAGAAUCGGCACGUGUCGAGGCUACCAAUUGUGGAAAUUACAGCGGGUAGAGCAAAGUAUGCUAAGAAGUAUACUAGCGCCUCGUCGUCCUCCUCGAAAAUGCGACUCGUGAAGUAUAAGGUGGUUUAAAUCGCGCUUUUGGCCCGAAAUUUUGGAAAAGCUUGAGAGAACCUCACAAAUUUCAUCAAUUUCAUUGAUUUCGACCCUGCUCGGACGAUUUUAAUGGAAUUUUCAAUGGUUUUGAGCCGCAACCUGUGUGAAAGCCGUAAUUUUCAUCGAUUUUUGAGCAAUUUAACUGCAAAUAACCCCAUUUUUCCCCUGAAUUUCCACUCCAAAUCAUAAUUUUGGCCGUAUCUGUAGAUUGAUAAACAACACCAAGAGCGGUUAGCAGCCAGCAAGGCACGCGUUGAACGGUUGCAACGAGAAAGAGAGGAGUUGCUCGCAGGGAACAGCCAGCUCGCAAUUAUGGUAGGUUACAGUAAGAAUGUUUUCCCAUCCUAAAUGAUUUCUAUUUCAGUGUGAGUCGGUGACGACGAGUGCGAGAUCACUGCGCGAAUCGUACGAACGGCAGAGAUCCGUCUAUCGGGCGAUAAUUUCGAGCGCGGCUCUUCUGGAGCACGUGGUCGUGGAGCCGGCGGAAGGAGAAGACGGAGAGGAGGCGGAAGACGAGGGAUUCAUCGGAACCAUCUAUUAUUGA